UCUAUUGAAUCCUUUUCUCCUCACCGUCUCUCUUCCACCAUUGAGCCCACACAAACGAAAGCGCUGCGCCUGCACUCUCAAUUCAACCGGCAGACGAGCCAUUUUGUCGCCGCUUUCUCCUCCCUCCUCCUCUCCCAUCCCAUCGCCAUUUUCCCCUCCCUCCAUCCAUCCAUCCAUCCAUCCAUCCAUCAUCCCCACGACGCGGCGCCGUCAUGGACAGCGACUACUUGGAAAACCCUCUUUACAGCGAGCUCAAGCACUUCUGCAGGAAGGUCCAGGAGGCCUACGCCGAGCUCAAGGAGGAAUUGACACCGUACCGGGAUGAACGCUUUUACAGAUUGGCGCCCAUGCGUCUCUACACUCUGUCUAAAAGACAUUUUGUGUUGGUCUUCGUGGUGUUCCUCGCUUGUUUCGGCCUCACAGUCUUAAUUGGAAUUGCAGGUCCAAAGAUACUCUCUGAGCAAGUGUACAGUGGGGAUCAGUUCCUUGCCAAAAAUAUCUCAGUUAACACUGGGCCCUUCAAUCUAAAUUCCCCACCUCUGACCACAUAUCACCAGCAGUUGUGGCUCACCUGUCUAAUACAAGCUGAACACAUUAAUGUGGGCGACUUCCAGCAGCCUUUCGAUAUUAACGUGGAGCUCAACGGUGUGAUGCAGGACGCCAGCAUGACGCACAUCAACAGCGUACGCAGCAAGUCGCGAACGCUGCACUGCGGUGCCAAAUGCGAUGAGAUCAUCGUGCUGCAUCUGGGCUACCUCAACUACAACCAGUACCAGGUCGCAGUCAGCUUCAAAGGCCUUGAAAAUAUCACGUAUGAUCUCAAGGUCAACUUUGUGUGGACAACCUACAAUCCAACCUUUUCCCAAGUGGAGAUCUGGUUCCGCUUUGUCUUCGUGGUGUUGACCUUCAUGGUGACGUGUCUCUUUGCUCACUCGCUGAGGAAGUUUUCUAUGAGGGACUGGGGCAUCGAGCAGAAGUGGAUGUCCAUCCUGAUGCCUCUGCUACUGCUCUACAAUGAUCCGUUUUUUCCGCUGUCCUUCCUGGUGAACAGCUGGUUUCCCGGUAUGUUGGACGCCUUCUUCCAGGCACUGUUCCUGUGCGCUUUGCUGCUCUUCUGGCUCUGUGUCUACCACGGCAUACGUGUUCAGGGCGAGCGGAGAUGCUUGACCUUCUACUUGCUGAAGUUGGUCAUCGUGGGCCUUCUGUGGCUCUCGGCCGUCACGCUUGGCAUUUGGCAGACGGUCAACGAACUCCAAGACCCCACCUACCAGUACAAAGUGGACAUAAAGAACUUUGAGGGCAUGAAGGUGUUCUUCCUGAUUAUCGUUGUCCUCUACAUCCUCUACUUGAUCUUCCUGAUUGUCAGAGCCUGCUCGGAACUCAAGAACAUGCCUUACUCAGAUCUGCGGCUCAAGUUCUUGACAGCGCUGACGUCUGUGGUCCUCGCUAUAAGCUUGGUCAUUCUCUACUUGAGGUUCGGUGUCAAGGCACUCCAGGACAACUUUGUGGCCGAGCUGUCCACUCACUACCAAAACUCAGUCGAGUUUUUGUCCUUUUAUGGCCUACUCAACUUUUACUUGUAUACAUUAGCAUUUGUGUACUCACCCUCCAAAAAUGCCCUAUACGACUUGCAGUUGAAGGACAAUCCUGCUUUCUCCAUGCUGAACGACUCAGACGAUGACGUCAUAUAUGGGAGCGAUUACGAGGAAAUGGCUUUAAAAAAUGGACGUGCCUUCAAAGCAACCGCCAACUUCCAGGACGAGAGCGAUAGCGAUUGAUGUGGUAGAUACAAACAGACAAAAAGCAUCAUGUGUAUGUUUGUAAAUAAGAAGUAUUUUCACAAUGAGCCGCUGCAAGUGUACAUAAGUAUAUUUUUAAAACAGGACCACUUCUCCAGAAUGUACUGUAUUGUAGUUCUACAGAAAAUGGGAGGCAUGUACGUUUUUUUUUUAUUAUUAUUAUUAUUAUUUUUUUUUUUAAAUCAAGUUUUAUUUGUACUUCACAACUGGCAUUUGUUCACUACAAAGGUGUAGUAAAACCACACUGAAAAGAAAACAAAAAAGGAAAAAAUAAUCUAAAACAAAGACAUUUGUAAAAUGAGGAAAAAGUUGUCAUGUAAAAGAAUAAAGUUGGAAUGUUAUGAGAUAAUAGUAGUAAUGAUUGGAUUAUUAAACUUUGACAAGAAUAACAUUGUGAGGAUAAAGCUGUAAUUUGACAAGAAUAAAGACCAUGUUUUGAGAAUAAAGUUGUAAUGUUACAAGAAUGAAGUCGUAAUGUUGCGGGAAUAUAGAAAGUAAAAGUAGAAAAUAAACAAAAGAAAUACGUUUGUAAAAUUGAGGAAAAAGUCUGUUAUGAUCAGAGUAGUAUUACAAGAUAAAGUCGUAAUGUUAUGAGAAUGAAGAGAUGUUUUGAGAUUAAAGUUUUAAUGUAAACAAUAGUCCUAGUGUUUGUUGUCAUUUUACAAAAAAUAUGUGAUAUUACGAUAAUACAAUUGUAAUGAGAGUGAGGUCGUAACGUAAGAAUAAAGUCCAAAUUAACAACAUUUUUCGUAAUAUCACAACUUUCUACUUGUAAAAUUAGUUGUAAUGUUACAACUUCUUGUCUUGGCUUUAUUAUGUAGAUUUCAAUGUAAUUCUAAUUAUGUGACAUUCUUUUCAGUGUGACCCUAAAUACUCUUUUGUACUGAACACGUCAAGCUUUUCAAGUAACAAAAGAAGUGCUAAUAUUUUUGGGGGAUUCUUUUUUUUUUUUUUUUUUAUUUUAACUUAUUUGUUUAGUAAGACAAUCCUCACUUUGUAUGCUUCCUGUUUUGACUACUGGUAUCUAAUACUCUUCAUUGCAAGCUACUGUGUGACAUCAUAAUGACAUGAAGUGUGACCAAAGCUGAAUUUUAACUUUGUGACGGUUGGGAAGUAAAAGCAGCGGCACGUUGAUCUCUUCAUCCAUGUAAGUGCCAAAGCUGCGUAUCAUAUUUCUUACUUUCUGCAAAAUACAGGGGUUUUGUAAAUGCACUUUAAUUUAUUUGUUGAAAUUUCAUACUGUAUUGUUUGAUGAAUUAUGUGAAUUUCUACUUUACUACUGUUGAAAAUGUCUUACAUACUACUAUCAAGUCAUCUUUGCCUUUAUGUAGAAAUCGGUAUAUAAAUGUUAUUUUUUUUAUUUAUUUUCACCACACAAUGCACCAGUAUGCCAAACAUUUACCACCCUCUGCUUCGUCCAAGUUUACAAGGAGCCGAAACGAAUAUCAUCACUUGAAUCCCAACGACAUGGUGCCUUUUCUUCACGUCAAACCUAUAAGUAAACGGCCAACAUGUACGAGCCCUUAUCUUUCGAUGUGAAUGUAAUGUCGGUUGUAAGUGCCGUAACGAGACGGCGGGUCCUGAUCUGUUUCAAAUAAACAAGGGGAAAAAAAUAUCACUGGGAAAAUAAUAAAGCACAAAUGGCUCAUUUUAUUCAAUUAUCAAUCAUGCGACCAUGGAAAUGCAGCCAACAUGGCCGAACACGUUUAACAUUUAGAUGGCCAAGCCAAAAACACUGACGAUGCAGCACAUGGACUUGUUCUCCCAUUUUACUGCACAGCUUCCUGUUUGGAGACAACAAAAGAAAAACACUAUUAGACAAUAAUUAAGUAAAACUUUUAAAAUGUUGAAAUCCCUUGACAAUUAGGGCCGGGCGAUUCAUCGAUUUCAUCGAGUUUAUGACUCAAAAUUAUUUUGUUUGCGGCUUCCGUAGUUGGAACGCUCAUCUUUGCAGACAUGCUCAACGCUGCACUAACAGGGUUGAACGGGGUAGCUAUUUUACAAAAGCACAGCGAAUAUUAAAAACGUGACUAUUUAAAAAAAAAAAAAAAAAAAAAAGAUUUUCAUUCUUGCAAAUAAUCGACGUGAGCGGCAUCAAUUUCGCGUUUUCCGUAUGACAAGAAAGGAACUAAUCACGCUGAAACAUUGCCAUAUAUUUUAUCCUGUAUACAUUGCAAAAGUAGUGUGCAUGCUCAACGUUCGAAAAUUUCGACCUGCGCUACCAAACGGCAAAUAUUUUGCCAAGGUUUCAACAUGACACAAAAAACGUGAGUGAGCCGGCAAAGGAGAUAUGUAUGGACCAGCGGAGCCAUGUAUUUUGAUGGUUCAUUUUAUGUUAAAUUGUUGGCUAGUUAAAAUGUUGAUUUAUUAAGCAUUGUGUUUACAUAUUGUAACAUGUUUUGACAAAAGGGAGACUUUUUGUGUCCAAGGAGGAACACAUUUGCUCAGAUUAUCUGUUAAAAAAAAAACAACAACAACAUGUAUUUCUAUUAUUUCUGUGGAUGAUGAUCCUGGGAAGAAAACGUUUCAACGCCUGUUUGGUAUGGGGAGAAAUAAAGCAAAUCCCUAAUA